AUGGGUUUGGAUCUCCGCUUGGAAAAUGGUUACUUGGCGCUUGGCGGGCUUGUUAGGCGUCGCCUCCGCACCAUUCCCCUCGCUUUCACCGGAAAUUAUAACAUCGCCGCAUUUCAAUUUUCUCGUCGCAGUUCUCCGGGCCCUCUUCUCCCGCCUCACCUUCUGCCACGUGGCCUAGAUCUUGGCGUCCACGGUUCGCCUCAGCGAGUCCACCAAGUUGGGCCCCCGAUCCCUAAUAGUGCCGGGUUUCGCAGGUUCGGGAAGCUGAGCUGUGCGUAUCCCCAUGGAGCUUGUACGUUGCCCGGUCGUAGGCAUACGCGGCGGUCUGCGGCGUGCCUUUACUUGAUUGAGCUGAUUGAACAAGUAUUUUUGCACACUGAUGAGCCCAGCGGCUCGAGAACCGGGCCUGAUGGCAUACAGUUCGAUUCGUGGCAAUUGGAGAAAAUCGAGUCUAAG